UGAUAACAACAACAACAGCGACAACAAAAUUAAUGAAAUCCUGAGUAGUGUUAUCAAUACUUUGUCGAGUGGAGUGACAUGAUAAGGGACCUAAUCAAUCAGUGCGAAAUGAAAAUGGGUUCUGUGGAUCAAUUUUUGUGUCAUCAUUUGUGCUAAUUCAGGAACUUCUCACAAUGGGAGCUAGUUUUUUCGGAAAGUGCCUGCCAGGCAUUUUACUCUUGGUAGCUUUUCAACCUUGCCUAACCUUACAUCAUGAUUUUCGUCUCACCAAUAUGGGAUCGCCUUCUCCGGACAACCUUGUAUACAGAGGCAAAAGAGACGCUCUUUCUGCGGUAACUAACGCUAAAAAUCCAAAUCCCAGCACUAGUGCCACUCCGUCCGUCUCAUCUUUGAUCAAUGCAAGCAGCACUUCUGCUGCCACUAGCUCCAAGAAUGGCACCAACACCACCUCAUCAGCUAAUUCUAGUUCUGCAAAUGUCCUUGCAACUCCUUCGUCCACGGUGUCCGAGCCUGUUUUACCAGAGAAAGGCGCUGCUGAAGAGGAGAGAAAUAGUUCCAUCGCCAUCUUCUUCGUACUUUGCGUCCUAGCUCUUGGAAUAUUGCUGAUCCAUCUCAUGCUCCUGACACAUUUCCAGUACUUGCCGGAGAGCGUUGUUGUUGUUUUCCUCGGAGCUCUAAUUGGACUGAUCCUUCACUUAAUGUCUGAUAAAAACAUAGCAAAUUGGCGGAAAGAAGAAGCUUUCUCACCCACGGCAUUUUUUCUCAUCCUCCUUCCACCGAUUAUUUUUGAAUCUGGUUACAAUUUGCAUAAGGGAAAUUUUUUCCAGAACAUUGGAUCAAUUCUUGUGUUCGCAAUUUUUGGAACAACGAUCUCUGCACUAGUUAUCGGCACUGGGGUUUACAUAUUGGGAUUGGCAGAGGUAGCAUAUAGACUGAGUUUUGUUGAAAGUUUUGCUUUCGGAUCCCUGAUCUCUGCCGUAGAUCCUGUCGCAACCGUUGCCAUUUUCCAUGCCCUUGAUAUGGAUCCAGUGCUGAACAUGCUUGUUUUUGGUGAAAGUAUUUUAAACGAUGCCAUUGCCAUUGUUUUAACCACAUCAGUUUUGGAGUCUAAUAAUCCUGCCAUGUCGACAUCAGAAGCUGUUCUAACUGGAAUUAACAGAUUUUGUAUGAUGUUCUUUGCCUCUGCUGGAAUUGGAGUCUUAUUCGCGCUGAUCAGCGCUUUACUACUGAAGUAUGUAGAUCUGCGGAAAAAUCCCUCUCUUGAAUUUGGAAUGAUGCUUGUAUUUACAUACGCCCCUUAUGCCCUGGCGGAAGGAAUUCAUCUUUCAGGAAUCAUGGCCAUAUUAUUCAAUGGGAUUGUGAUGUCUCACUACACCCAUUUCAACCUAUCAACAGUGACGCAAAUCACCAUGCAACAGACAAUGAGAACACUUGCCUUCAUCGCAGAAACAUGCGUUUUUGCAUAUCUUGGCUUGGCAAUUUUCAGUUUCAGGCAUCGUGUCGAACCAGCCCUAGUUGUGUGGAGUCUCAUUCUCUGUCUCAUAGGACGAGCCUGCAACAUUUUUCCUCUGGCUAUUCUUGUCAACAAGUUCCGAGAACAUCAAAUCACAAAACGAAUGAUGUUUAUCAUGUGGUUUAGUGGUUUACGCGGUGCCAUUUCAUAUGCUCUGUCAUUACAUUUGGAAUUCAGUGAUGAGACAAGGCAUGUCAUUAUCACAACCACCCUAAUUAUUGUCCUUGUGACGACCCUGCUAUUUGGUGGAUCCACAAUGCCGCUGAUGAAGAUUCUUCAAACCAAAAAACCAGGAAGAAGUAGGAGAAGGAGAAAAGAGAAAGCUAUCUCUCUGAGUAAAACCAAAGAAUGGGGGCAAGCUAUUGAUUCAGAGCAUCUGUCAGAAAUGACCGAAGAAGAGCUGGAAGUUAAUUUCAUCCAAUCCUCAAGAAUCAGGGGUUUCGCAAGAUGGGAUAUUAAGUAUUUCAUACCGUUCUUCACUCGAAGAUUCACGCAAGAGGAGCUUAAAGAUUGUAAGACUCAAAUGACGGAUCUAACAAACCAAUGGUAUCAAGCCAUCCGCAUUUCACCAACAGAAUCAGAUGAUGAGCUUGGGCCAAGGAUGCACAGCUGACGUUCGACAACCCCUCCAAUUGUGAGGGAACUGCGCUCUUAACAUUUGCCUGUGUCUUCUUCCUAGUCAUGAAAGUUAUCAUGAAAAGUUUCCUCCUCAAUGUUGAACUCAGCUUGGAAUUUAGUCAAAAGCUGCUUCAAAAGUCAUUUGAACCGUUCUUGACAAUAGCGCUUCAAGGUGUUUCUAAUCGAGUGACAAGUCAAGUUAGCCGGUACGUUAGUUUUUCUAGGUUGUGCCUACUGCUGAGAUGUGAUUUUGUAUAGGUAGUUUUUUCGGAGUCAGUUUGGAAAAUUUUUCUACUGCUUUAAUCAAAAUUGUUCAGUGAACUGAGCUCAUACUAUUUUUUUUUUUUUUUUUUUUUUUUAAAAAAAAAUUAUAUUGCAUUAAAAUUUAUUUGAAAAGAUUAAUAAAAAUUGCAAGGACCAAAAUGCUGUCUGAACUGAAGAUCAAUAGAUCAUACCCACUCUGUAGCAAUCCUGGUGGAAUUGAGGCA